UCCACACCGCCCAGCCUGGGCCUGCCGGGGGCAUGAGCGCGCCCGAGAUGCCGGGGGAGAUGGAGCCGGCCGGGGAGGAGGAGCGGCCGCCGCCGGCGACCGAGGAGGAGGACGAGGCGGCGGCGGCGGCCGCCUCAGAGUCGGCCUCGCUGGAGGACGCGGACGGCCAGGAGGAGGAGGAGAUGGUGGUCGGGGGCGGUGGCUGCAAAGAGCAGGAGCUGACCUACGAGCUGCAGCAGGGCUACCGCAUCCUGGGCGAGUUCCUGCAGGAGAAGCACCGGGGCCUCACCGGCCCCUUCCUGCAGCCCUUGGGGGGCGUUGCCCCCGGGGAGGAGGAGGUGGCCGAGGGGCCGCGCAGCGGGGGCCGGGGCAGUCGCGCCCUCCCGCAGCCGCCGGGGCCAGGCAUGUCACUGCUGAAGAUGGAGGAGAAGUUCGCCAGCGGCCAGUACGGGGGCAUCACGGAGUUCGUGGCCGACUUCAGGUCCAUGCUGGAGACGUGCUACCGCCUGCACGGAGUGGACCACUGGAUCUCCAGACAGGGCCAGAAGCUGGAGAUGAUGCUGGAGCAGAAGUUGGCGCUUCUCUCUCGGCACUUGAGAGAAAAGACAACGAUAGCAGUUACAUCUAGAGGCUAUUAUGGAUUGGAGGAUGAGAAGGGAACUGCAUGUACUUCAACAAGGCGUCGGUCAACACCUCGAAGUUUGGCAGGCUUGACAAGUGGAGUUUUUGAAUCUAUAAUGGUUCAAGUUUUGAGACAGGAGGAACAGCUGAGAGCAAAAGAAGAAAAAAGGCUUCGGGAGCAGGAAAGAAAAGAAGCAGAAGAGGCUAGUCAAAAGGAAAUAGAAGAAUGGGAAAGAAAACUUCUAGCUCAAGCAGCCCCUACUUGUAUGGAGAACAUGUGGGAAAUUCCAGCUAUUGGGCAUUUCCUUUGCUUAGCCCAGCAAAUUCUAAAUUUGCCAGAAAUAGUCUUUUAUGAAUUGGAACGUUGUCUUCUGAUGCCUCAGUGUAAUGCUUUUUUAUCUAAAAUAAUGACUUCUCUAUUAAGUCCUCCCCAUCGCAGACCUACCUUACAUCGAAGACCUACUUUGCCUUAUAGGACCUGGGAAGCAGCACUGAGACAGAAAGUGCAGCAGUGGUAUACUGCUGUAGGACAGACUGAAAAUCCCGAUAACUGUGCUGAAAAACUUGGGUUGUGUCCUCAGUUUUUUAAAGUUCUUGGAGAAGUUAAUCCAUUGGAAGAAAAACCUUUUCAUGAACUGCCUUUCUACCAAAAAGUGUGGUUACUUAAGGGUCUUUGUGACUUUGUGUAUGAAACACAAAAAGAAGUUCAAGAUGCUGUACUUGGUCAGCCCAUCCAUGAAUGCAGAGAAGUUAUCCUUGGUUAUGAUUAUCUGGAGAAUGCUUAUGUACAUUUUCCACAGUUUUGUGGUGCAGAUGUACGGAUUUAUAAACAGAGACCUUUUCAGGCCCCAGAAUUUCCAGUCCCGCCCAUUAAAAUACAAAGAGUACCUCGGAUUAAACUGGAGAAAUUGAAGUGUGAUUAUCUUGGCACAAGUAAUGGAGAACAUAGGUGUUAUAGAGAAGGCCUGCCUUCUGCCCUUAAAAAAGAGCAGGGGAUUAAUUUAGAUCCUGCUUGCUGCCAUGCUAAGUUGAACUUGGAUAAUCAUGACAACUGUGUUGAAAUGGAAGUAAAAUCCAACUAUGAAGUUAGAAUUCGCAGGCCUUGUGAAAUUAAAAAAACUGAUUGCUGUAAAGAAAAUUUAGAGAAACCAGGGAGUCCAGGGGAAGUUACUGGUUUUGGAGAGCCUCUCAGUCCAGGUGAAAUAAGAUUUAUAGAAAAUCAAGAAAAAUAUGAUGAAGCUUCCACAAUAAAGACUGAAUCCAGUCCAUUAAAAGAAAAUACCCUAAAAUGUUGCCAAAUUCAUGUAAAUGGAAGUCACAUUGAUCAUCCAGAAAUGAACUGUCACAAAAUUGUACGGGAUGUUCUACUAGAGCAGUCGGUGCAGAGCCACAAAAAAUUCAAACUAACUAAAAUGAGAGCAAAAAAGAAGAAAAAGAAAAAAAAGAAACUGAAAGAUGUUUUGAAUGAAAAUUUGCAGAGAAAGCGUGAAGGUCUUCAUUCUCUUGCAUUCAAGUCUUAUAAACCUGAGAUCCAAAAUAAGUUAUUGAUCAUCAAAAAGAAAGCAAAACACAAGAAGCACAAAUCUGGAAAAAAAUCCGUAUCUAAAAAAGCAAUCACAAAGAAGAGGAAAACUGUCACAAAGUCACCUACUGUACCAGAAUUUCAGCUUAUUUGCACUAAUCUUGAUGAACUCAGGGAAUUAAUCACAAAAAUCGAGAAUGAACUCAAAGAUCUGGAAAACAGUAGAAAAAAAUCGGGCAAAUGGUAUCAUCGGAGGCAAGCAGUAAAAGAACUACAUAGUACAUUGAUACGUCUUUUAAAUGAAUUGCUGCCAUGGGAACCAAAAUUAAUGAAGGCUUUUCAAAGGAACAGGAGCCGCCUGAAGAAAGACUAUGAUGAUUUCAGAAGACAACCUGAUCAUGAUAAAUUCACUAGAGAACUGUGGACUACUGAAGAAGGUGAAGGAGAUCUUGGAAAAGAAUCUCCUAAAGUAGAACUCAGUAAGUCUGUAGACUCAACAGAGCAUCUAGAUGUCCUGGAGAAAGAUCUCUUUGAUUCAGAUGAUAUGAAAUUGUCAGAAAUAGAUUUUCCUCUGGCAAGAAGCAAGCUGUUGAAAAAGGAAUUGCCUUCAAAAGAUGUACUGAAGACACUGCCUAAAACCCUUAAACGACAGUCCAAACAAAGUAAUUACCUGGAUGAUAGCACAAAACAGCUUUCCCCCAGGAAGAAAGCAAAGUUAAGCACAAAUGAAACAGCAAUUGAGAAUUUAGAAGAUGAUAUGCAGAUUGACUGUGUAAAUGAAUCCAGGCAUAAAGAGCUGCCAUUUUCAGAGUCAUUUUCUUCAGUGGAUUCAGUACCAGUGUCUACUCUACAGAAAGGGACCAAACCUAUUCAGGCCUUGCUUGCAAAGAAUAUUGGGAACAAAGUGACCUUAACAAAUCAACUGCCCCCUUCCACAGGCAUAAGUACCGCUGUGGAAAAGACAGUUACAGCUCCCCCAGAAGCAAGCCCCUCAAAGCCAGCAUUGACCUGCCACACCAAUACAAAAGGUCCUUUACAGAUGGUAUACAAAAUGCCAUGUGGCCAGUGGUUACCAAUAGAUCUUCACAGCAGCUCUGUAAAGAUUCAGAUGCAACCUGUGGUAGAUACUAAAACAGGAGAAAAAAUCAUGCAGCAAGUUCUUAUUCUGCCUAAGAAUUUUGUGAUUCAGCACAAGGAAGGAAAAGCAGUUGCAAAAGAAAUACCACCACUUCAACAGAAAGGUAUAGAACAACAUUGUUCAUCUUUCCCACAAGCAGCAAGUGUAAACUCUUUAGCAUCAGUUCUCGUCAACUCAACAGGAUCUGUUUCUACUCAACUACCUAAUACAGUUUUCAACAAGGCAAUUACACCUUUAACACAUGUGAGUAGUGCUAGACCACAGCCUUUGUCACCUGUAACCUCUGUAAGUAAUUUAUUAACACCACCAGUUAAGAAUAGCCACAGUGAGGCAGAAAAAGUCAAGAAUUCAGUCUCAGCAGCCACAUUCCCCAAGCCUAUUGCUUCACCCACCAUUUCUUCAACAGUUCAACCUCUGUUGUCAGCAACAACACUAAGUGGAUCUGUAAAUCCUGGUAAUUCCCUCAACUGUUUUGCACAACAAAUUGCUGAUUGUUCUGAAGCAAAGCAAGAACUGAAAACUGUGUGUAUAAGAGAUUCACAAUCAAUUCUUGUUAGGACACGGGGUGGGAACACUGGGGUUGUAAAAGUACAGACCAAUCCAGAUCAAAACUCACCCAACAGUUUAUCUUCAAGUUCAGUUUUCACUUUUGCUCCCCAGCUUCAGGCAUUUCUGGUGCCAAAAUCAACGUCAUCAUCCUCUGCUUUUCCAGUAGCUGGAAUGACUACUACAUCUAAUGUCCCACCUUUUGGCCAAGCACAAACUUCUUUUUCCAUUCCAGCUAGCUGUAAUUCGUCCGUGGGGAAAAAUCUUAAACUUUCUAGUACUAGUAACUUGGGCCAUGUGGUAGAUAAAACUUCACACCUACCAAAUUCACCCUUGAAGUCCUCUGUUUCUUCUAGCACUCUAGCACCAUCAACAACAAAUAGUUCACUAAGUGUAAUUAACAUAUCAACAGGAAAUUUUGGACAGGCCAAUGCAAAUGUUAUUCAUGCUCCAUCUAAGCAACAGCAGGUAGAUUAUAUCACCAAAAGUUACCCUGCUACAAGAUCAGAAGGAAUAGCAGAAACAAAUGGAGAAGUGAUCAAUGGGACUCCAGUUCAGAAACUUAUGCUGGUAUCAGCUCCAUCUAUCCUAUCUUCUGGCAGUGGAACUGCAACUAAUGUGGCACCUGCACCAACAUCUACAGGUGUUUCAGCCCAGAAAUUAGUUUUUAUUAAUGCUCCAGUUCCCAGUGGCACUUCAACCCCAACUUUUGCUGCAGAAUCCUUAAAACAAACCCUUCCCCCCACCUUGAAUAAAACAUUUGUUAAGACUCCAGAGCAACCUCAAAUAGUACUAAUUCCAUCUACAAUGGGAACACCAAUAAAAAUAAACACAUCACCAACUGUGUCUCAAAUAAAAGAUGUGAAAAUUGGACUAAACAUAGGUCAAGCAAUUGUAAAUACUUCAAGCAGUGUGCCAGCUAUACCAACAAUUAAUAUACUGCAAAAUGUAAACCCAAAAGGAGAAGAUAAAAGUGGCAAAGACUUUGUUUUGCCAUUGUCUUCAAGUAGCAGUUCAAUUCCAGUAAGCUCAAAUUUUGUGAAUCAAAAUAUUACUCCUGUUAAUGAAUCAGCAGUUUCUGCAGCAAGAGCAGUAAACUUGUUUUCAGUAACAGGAACAAAUGUAUCUCUGGGUUCCCUUUCAGUGACCUCAACCUCCACUUCAAUUGGGACACGACCUCCUGUUUUAGUCAGUGGAAGUGAUACCUCUUCAAGAAUCAUGCCUAUUUUGUCAAAUAGACUUUGCACUUCAAAUUUCGGAAACACUGUGGCUAUAUCAACUGUGAAAACAGGACAUCUUGCAUCAUCUGUUCUUAUUUCAACUACACAACCAACAGUGUCUCCUAAAUGUUUAACAUCAGCUUUACAAAUCCCUGUUACCGUUGCCUUGCCCACACCUGUGACUGCAUCCCCUAAAAUAAUCAGCACAGUUCCACAUUCAACUACAGUACCAGGAGCCACACGUCCUGCAUCCCUUUCCAAAAGACAGUCUCGGACUUCUCUCCAGUUUCACUCACCAGGGAUUUCAACUACAGUGCCAACGAAUGUAAACACAAACAAACCUCAAACUGAAUUGUCAUCCCUUUCACAAAGUCCAAGUAAAAUAAUUAAUAUUUCCAAUUUUACUUCUCUGCCAAACCAGCAAAUGUCCCCUGCUUUAGUAAAAUCAAACCCCAGUUACAGCUCUGCUUCAGGUGGCUCUGCCAUUCACACUGCUACAGCACCAUCAAAUAUAACUAGUUUGGUAGGGGGUCAGUUAAGUGAACCUUGUAUUCAGCAAAAAAUAGUCAUCAACACCAGUACACCUUUGGCACCUGGUACUCAGAUCAUGAUUAAUGGAACCCGGUUUAUUGUUCCACCACAAGGUCUUGGAGCUGGCAGCCACAUUCUCCUUAUAUCCACAAAUCCAAAAUAUGGACCUCCCUUAGUUCUUAACAGUGGCCAAGGCAUUCAGCCUAUACAAGUAGAUAACCCUGCCCAGAAGAUCACACUAGCAUCAAGUAAUUUUUUAAGUGAACAACCUAUAAAACAUUGUCUAAAGAGCUCUACAAAAAUUGUAAACUCUUUUGGAAAUACAACUUCUCUCCCUGUAGUACAUACAACACCACAGAUUUUAAACACAACUGCUAAAGUUCCACCUCCUGCAACAACAUCAUCAGUAAUUAAGUCUUCUCCAGCUACUCUUUUGGCUAAGACAUCUUUGGUAUCUGCCAUUUCCUCCAGUAAUCCUCCACUGCCAAGUAAUACUUCAGUAUUUCAUUUGGACACAUCUGUCAAAAAAUUGUUGGUUAGCCCAGAAGGAGCCAUUUUAAAUACCAUAAAUACUCCGGCAUCUAAGGUUUCUUCACUGUCGUCGUCUUUCUCUCAAAUUGUGUCUGCCAGUCGAAAUCCUGCCUCUGUCUUCCCUGCUUUUCAAUCAUCUGGUUUAGAGAAGCCUGACACAGCUGCAUCUUGAAUUUAGAUUAAACGAGCCAGUUUUUAAAUAAUGGGGCAUUGUUUUGAAUCCCAUACAAAUUAAACUGUUUAUUAUAUUGUUGAAAACAUAAAAUACAUAGUGUGAGUGUGAGUGUGUGUGUGUGUGUGUGUUUUAAUGUGUCUUCAUUAGCUUGUAUGACAAGGCUUUGUUUUCUUAGGGGAAAAAUCUGUUCCAUUUCACUUGUUGGUAUGAAUAUGUUUUCAGAGGUUCUUUGUUUAAAGUACACAGUCAGGAUUUACCUGCCUGUGUAACAUAUUGAAUAGUGUCAAUUUUGACUAGUUUAGAGUAAGCUAGCCUUUUGCACACUUACAUUGACAUGUUUCUUCUUGAAUUUGGACUAUUACAGCGUAUCUACAAUAUGGUAUUCUGUGUCAUUAGUGAAACCUUAUUUUUUUCUGUAAAAAUAUAUAUAUAUUUAUGCAUUGUGAAAUGCAGUCCAUGGUGUAAAUUGUACAUAUUCCUAAAUCCUUAACAACCUGUACUAAAUAUAUGUACAAAGAACUAUGCUGUCUUAUUUAUGUUUUGUUUACAUAAUGUAUAGUUUUUUAAGUAUUUUAGUAAUUUUGGACCAGUGAACUGUUAGCAACAAUGCAGAAAAAUCUGCAUGUAAUAAACUUAGUUGCUGUA